AUGUCCACUAUAUUACAACCUUGGUUUUCCGUCUCUUUUCCUCGCUUUUUCUUUCUACCUUCUUUCGCAUCUCUCUAUACGUGUCACUAUCUUUCUCUUAACUUUUUUUUUUAUUUUUAUUCUUCCUUUCCUCAUUUACCAUUCUUAUUGUUUCUUUUUUUACCUAUUUUACCUUUUUUACUUAUCACUGUACUAUUUUCUUUUACCUAUCUUUUUGCCAUCAUAUUUUUUGUUUCACCUCUCUUUGCAUUCUCUCUACCUCUUCAUUUCACCUCUCUUUGCAUUCUCCCUACCUCUUCAUUUCACCUCUCUUUGCAUUCUCCCUACCUCUUCAUUUCACCUCUCUUUGCAUUCUCCCUACAUCUUCAUUUCACCUCUCUAUGCAUUCCCCCUACUUCUUCAUUUCACCUCUCUUUGCAUUCCCUCUACCUCUUCAUUUCACCUCUCUUUGCAUUCUCCCUACAUCUUCAUUUCACCUCUCUUUGCAUUCUCCCUACAUCUUCAUUUCACCUCUCUAUGCAUUCUCCCUACCUCUUCAUUUCACCUCUCUUUGUGUCUUCUUAUAAUCUCAUUUCCCUUCUCUCUACGUUUUUUUCUUUACUUUUUAUCCUCUUUUUAUCCCACAUUGUCUCUCUUUUGCAAAUCCUUUACUCUUAA